AUGAUCGACGAGGAAGUGACGCAGUCAUUAGAGCAGGAAGCUAUUGCGCUUGUGAAUCUCAGCAAUCCCAUAAGAUUAACCUCGACGAAUAAUAAACUUGUCGCACCAGUGUCAGGAGACACUGCUAAUCAGGCUCAAAGUGCGUCUGUGGAAUUGCUGGAUGGUAGCAUUUCCAUGAAAUCAUUGUUAGUGAUGAUUAAGAAGCGAAAGCUGGAGAAUUCUGAUGUUCAAGUCAAGCUAGAGGAGUCAAUCGAGCCUAUUUGUUCCGAAUCAACUUCUGAGAGUCCAGACGACGCGAGGCUCCCGAGUUUCCGUACUAUCUUUCACUCGUCACCACAAGAGACAGAAAAGUGUGUGCCUUCUUUUAUUAAGUGCAAGUAUCGCACAGGAAAGUGCCACAAUAUGCGGGCACUUAAGUCGUGUGGAGAUUAUCAUAAUUUAUGCAAUUACCACCGACUACGUGCUAAUGCUAACCAGCGUAAACUAGACCGCAAGAAGAAAGAGCAGCGUCUACAACAACAAUAUCAUUCAGCUACUGCACUAUCUCCACCGCUAGCACUCGUGCCACAGUCUUCGUCACAUGCAGCUGCCGCGGCACUAGCCUCCCUCGUUGCCGCCCGUCCGCAGUAUCAUUUAAAUGUCUUCCAGCAACAAAGACCGAUCUUUGCCGUGCAGGAGGUGAGUAAGAAUAGAUGCACCAGUGUGCGCCCGAAAGAGGAAGAUGCGUGCAGUUACUAG